AUGGCCUCUCAAUCAAGAGUCUCAGAAGAGGAUUUCUCCUGUCCUGUGUGCUGUGAUGGCUUAAAGGAUCCUGUUCUCCUGUCAUGCAGUCACAGCGUCUGCAAAGUCUGUCUGCAGCAGUUCUGGAAGAAAAAAACUUCCAAGGAGUGUCCUGUCUGCAGGAGAAGAUCUUCAAAAGCAAAGCCUCCCCUUAGCCUUGUGUUAAUGAACACACGCGAGGCGUAUUUACAGGAAAAAUCUCCAAAAACUUCAUCAGGGUCUGAGGAACUCUGCAGUCUGCACAGUGAGAAACUCAAACUGUUCUGUCUGGAUGAUGAACAACCUGCAUGUUUGGUUUGUCAAACUUCAGAAAAACACACAAACCACAGAUUCUGUCCAGUAGAUGAGGUUGCUCCUGGUUACAGGGAGGAAUUGAGGUAUGCACUAAAGCACUUACAGGAAAAAAUUAAAGUCUUUCUAAAAGUUCAGCAAAACUAUCAUAAAUCAGCAGAGUACAUUAAGAUCCAGGCCCAACACACAGAGACACAGAUUAGGAAAGAGUUUGAGAAACUUCACCAGUUUCUACAAGAUGAAGAGACAGUCAGGAUAACUGCACUGAGAGAGGAAGAGGAGCAGAAGAGUCAGAUGAUGAAGGAGAAGAUUGAGGAGAUGAGUAGAGAGAUAUCAUCUUUUUCAGACAAAAUCAGAGCCAUAGAAGAGGAGUUAGGCACCAAUGAUGUUUUACUCUUGAUGAACUUCAAGAGCACAAUGAAAAGAGCCCAGUGCACACCGCAGGAUCCAGAGAUGGUUUCAGGAGCACUGAUCAAUGUGGCAAAGCACCUGGGCAACCUGAAGUUCAGAGUGUGGGAGAAGAUGCAGGACAUUAUUCAGUACACUCCCGUGACUCUGGACCCCAACACUGCAGCACCAUGGCUCAUCCUGUCUGAGGAUCUGACCAGUUUGUGUGGCAGUAAAGAUAAACAGCAGAUUCCUGAUAAUCCAGAGAGAUUUGAUUUCCAUCCAUGUGUGUUGGGUUCCGAGGGCUUUAACUCAGGGACACACUGCUGGGAUGUUGAUGUUGGAGACAAUACUGAAUGGGCCCUGGGCGUGACCACAGAGUCAAACCAGAGGAAGGGAGACACAUUCUUUGAUACUGGUGUCUGGUGUGUUGAGUUUGAUCAUGGUCAGUAUGAAUCAAAGGCCUCAGGAGGGUCAUGGACUCCACUGACAGUGAAUAAUAAACUCCAGAGGAUCAGAGUGGAACUGGACUGGGACAGAGGAAAACUCUCAUUCUCUGAUCCUAUAAAUAACACACACCUACACACCUUCAAACACACUUUUACUGAAAGAAUGUUUCCGUGCAUUGCUAAUGGCUAUAAUCACUCUCCUCUGAGGGUCUUACCAGUGAAGUGUUGCUUGAUAGUGAAACAGCACAGUUAG